ACACCUUUACGCGGAGAAUUCCCCGAAGCUUCACUAGUUUAUCCCACUUUUCACACUAAGCCUCAAAAGUCACGAUUCUUCCCAUUAUAUAAGACCAACCCAAGUAUCUUUCAACAACACUUUCUAAUUCCAACCCUAAAUUUUCCAUUGCAAAAAACAUGGUGCAGCAAAAGAAGCUAGUUGAUGAAGUGUCCGGUUGGCUCAGAAUCUACGAUGACGGUUCGGUGGACCGGACAUGGACCGGACCGGAACAGUUCAAGUUUAUGGCUGACCCGGUUCUUCCUCAUGAGAAAUUUAUUGAUGGUAUUGCUGUUCGUGAUACCAUCAUUUCUCGUGAAGGCCAUGACCUUCGUGUUCGAUUAUACUUGCCGGAAAAUGCAUUGGAAAAUAAAAAAAAAUUACCCAUUAUUCUUCAUUUUCAGGGUGGUGGGUUUUGCAUCAGUGAACCGGACUGGUUCAUGUACUACCAAAUUUACGUUCGAGUUGCCUUAUCAGCUCAGGCCAUUGUAGUUUCUCCUUUCCUCCGCCGUGCACCGGAGCACCGUCUCCCAGCCGCCACUGAUGACGCCUUUGACACCCUCCUCUGGCUCCAAUCUGUGGCCCGGUCCGGUUCGAAUGAACCGUGGCUCGAGCAACAUGGGGACUUCAACCGGGUUUUCCUCAUAGGGGACAGCUCUGGCGGGAACGUGGUGCAUGAGGUGGCUUCAAGGGCCGGUUCGGCGGAUCUAAGCCCGGUUCGGGUUGCAGGAGCGAUCCCGGUUCACCCCGGGUUUGUCCGGUCGGAGCGGAGCCGGUCGGAGCUGGAAAUGCCGCAAUCACCGUUUUUAACGUUGGACAUGCUGGACAAGUUCCUAGAGUUAGCACUGCCGGUGGGGGCGACGAAGGACCACCCGAUGACGUGCCCGAUGGGCGCGGCGGCACCGGCGCUUGAAGGGCUGAAACUGCCGCCGGUGCUGCUGUGCGUGGCGGAGAUGGACUUGGUGAGGGAUACGGAGAUGGAGUAUUAUGAGGCGCUGAAGAAAGCGAAGAAGGAGGUGGAACUUUAUGUGAGUGAUGGAAUGAGUCAUAGUUUUUAUUUGAAUAAGGUUGCUGUGGAUUUGGACCCCAAUGUUAGUGCAAAAACCGAUGCUUUCAUCACCAGGAUCAAGGACUUCAUUCAGCAGCACUGAAUUAUUGCUUCAGAGUAUUUUAAUGGCUUCCAUCAAGUUCAUUAUUGAGUUCCAGUCUUCAAAAACAAAACUUUGUUACCACAUUCAUCGAGAAUUACUGUUUCUAAUGCAAUAUUACAUGUUCCUUAAUGGAAUCAUUUGAGUGUGGAAAUUUCAUAAUAAUGGUACGGAAGCCCUUAAAAUUUUCGGAGUAUUAAGGAUUUCUUGAUA